CGCGGGGCGGGCGGCGGGGGCGCGCCUGGCGGCGGAAGGAAGGGGCGGCCGGGCCCGUCCCGUCCCGUCCCGUCGCGCCCCCGUCCGACGCCCGCCCCGUGUCGCUGUCGCCCCCUGGGCCAGGUGCAGCCCGCAGGGGUCCGGCGCCGUCCCCGCCUGGCGCCAUGGCCAUGAGGGAGCUGGUGGAAGCGGAGUGCGGGGGCUCCAACCCCCUGCUGAAGCUGGCCGGGCACUUCACGCAGGACAAGGCCUUGCGGCAGGAAGGGCUGCAGGGCUCCCUGGCCUGGCCCUCCGGGGCUCCCGGAGCAGCAGCCGUAUCCAAACCCCUGGGAGUAGCCUCUGAAGAUGAGCUGGUUGGAGAGUUCCUGCAAGAGCAGAAUGCCCCUUUACUGUCCCGUGCACCGCAGACCUUUAAGAUGGAUGAUCUGUUGGCUGAGAUGCAGGAGAUUGAGCAGUCAAGCUUCCGACAGGCCCCUCAGCGAGCUCCAGGUGUGGCAGACUUGGCACUGUCUGAAAACUGGACCCAGGAAUUCUUGGCCGCAGCAGAUAAUGCUGGUGAUGUCUCUUCAGAUUACAAUGAGACUGACUGGUCACAGGAAUUCAUUGCUGAAGUGACAGAUCCGCUGUCUGUGUCCCCUGCCAAGUGGGCAGAAGAAUACCUAGAGCAGUCAGAAGAAAAACUGUGGCUUGGGGAAUCGGAAGACCAGUCAUUGGCAGAUAAAUGGUAUGAGGAAUAUCAACCUGAGGAUGAUCUUAAGAAAACUGCUAGUGAUUUUCUUUCUAAAGUGGAUGAUCCAAAACUCAACAGUUCUGAGUUCCUAAAGUUUGUCCGCCAGAUCGGAGAUGGGAGGGUAUCGAUCGAAGCUAAUAAGGUGACCCACAGAGACCAAGAUCAGGCAGAGCAAUGGGCAGCUGAGUUUAUGCAGCAGCAGGGGGCAUCCGAUGCCUGGGUGGAUCAAUUUACGCGAUCUGGGAACAUGUCAGCUCUUGAUACGGAAUUUGAGCAGGCAAAGACUGCUGUGGAGUCAGAUGUGGACUUCUGGGACAAACUCCAGGCAGAAUGGGAGGAGAUGGCCAAGAGAGAUGCAGAGGCUCACCCUUGGCUCACUGAUUAUGAAGACCUCAACUCAUCUUCAUAUGACAAGGGUUAUCAGUUUGAAGAAGAUAAUCCCAUGAGAGAUCACCCUGAUGCUUUUGAAGAGGGGCGGAAGCGCUUGGCAGAAGGUGACCUCCCCAAUGCUGUCUUGCUCUUUGAGGCUGCAGUACAACAGAAGCCAGAUCAUAUGGAGGCCUGGCAAUAUCUGGGAACCACCCAAGCGGAGAAUGAACAGGAACUUUUGGCAAUCAGUGCUCUCAGACAAUGCUUGGAACUGCAGCCUGGGAACCUCACAGCUCUUAUGGCGUUAGCGGUCAGCUUCACCAACGAGUCCUUGCAGAAGCAGGCGUGUGAGACUCUGCGGGACUGGCUACGCCACAAACCUGCAUAUGCUCACCUGCUGGAGAAGGAGCCAGAGGAGAAUGCCUCAGGGUCAAAUCUUGGGCAUUCCAAGCGUGUGCUUGGUUCUCUGCUGUCUGACUCACUUUUUGUGGAGGUCAAAGAGCUGUUCUUAGCAGCUGUGCGCAGCAACCCCUCAACUGUUGAUCCUGAUGUUCAGUGUGGCCUGGGUGUCCUUUUCAACCUUAGUGGCGAAUACGAGAAGGCUGUGGAUUGCUUCAGUGCCGCACUUAGUGUGCGCCCCAAUGACCAUCUUCUAUGGAACAAGCUUGGUGCCACCCUGGCCAAUGGGAAUCGGAGUGAGGAGGCUGUGGCUGCGUAUCGGCGGGCACUGGAGCUCCAGCCAGGAUAUAUCCGCUCUCGAUACAACUUGGGCAUCAGCUGCAUCAACUUAGGUGCCCACCGUGAGGCUGUGGAGCACUUCUUAGAGGCUUUGCACAUGCAGCAGAAGAGCCGAGGUCCACGGGGGCAGCAAGGCGCUAUGUCUGACAACAUCUGGAGCACCCUUCGCAUGGCCCUCUCCAUGCUGGGGCAGAGUGACCUGUACAGGGCAGCUGAUGCCCAUGAUCUUCCCACACUGCUUCAGGCAUUUGGCCUCCAGCAGUGACUCUGGGAUGGGCUCCCCUGUGAGUGCAGGUUUGGCCCAGCCCAGCAGUGACCUUCCCUAGAAAGAAAAUGUUCAGUAGGGUUCACACACACCUUUGCUCUGUCUGGUAGGGCAGACCAAUGGCAGCCAUUUCUUGAAGGACCUCCUGCUGAAGUGUGGAACUUCCCCUAACUGUCUGUUGUGGCCUGAGCAUCUCUGAGCAGUUCACACUAUCAUAUCCGUGGCUGACUGACACUCUGCUAGGCAGAUGAUCAAAGCAGGAAAACAGCAAGUCUUGUAAACCAGUGUGGCUUUGAGACAUUACGAUAGCCAUUCUGCAGAGACUACCUGCUGGACAUGUCUUGAAGGCUGGUUGCUUUGGUGGGGUGUAAUUGCCAUUUGGUGAAACAUUGAAAAAUUCUGGGUUUUCAGUAUGCUUCCCCCAUGUAUGUGCUUGCAUGUGUGUAUAUGUGGGUUGCUAGAAAAAGCUGGGGACAGCAGUUCCCUUUUCUGGGUAACAGUAAACUCAUGGUACAACCAGAUGCUAAUUUCUCAGUGUCUUCAUGGGCCUUUUGAGAGCAGUGUGUUGCACUUGUGCUAGGGACAUGGGUGGAGGCCCUUAGCCUGUAGGGGUAAGAAGAGAUCCUAGGGCUCAGACUUGAGACAAUGCAAUAGGAAUAAAAGCCUAAAUGUAAUCUCCCAGAAUAUAGUGACGAAAGGGUCAAGUCUUAAUUUUUCACUUGAUCGUCUGUCAUCGUUUUUCCUUUGUGCAGAAGUUCCCCAUCUUGUCUGUACUAAAUCUUGUUAAUUAUAAAUAUCUGUAUAUGAUUCUGUUGGGGAAAAUGUUUUUAAUUGUAAAAUAUUUUGUAUAAUAGAGAGCGGGGAGAAUUAAAAUUGCCAAAAUGA